UUUGUAUUUCGCCCAUCUGGAGGUAGUAUCGUCACUUUAGUUCGCACACAUAAGAUGUCGAAAAGUUUGUUACAGAUUCGAGAACUUGCCAAGGUCAUACAACCAGAACUAGUUGGUGGCGGAAGACUGCAUGACUAUCAAGUGGCCAGCCUAACGCAACCCGGUGAGAAUUAUGGCAGUAUUCUGAUAGCUAUCAGAGCGAAAUUGGAACUACCCAAUUCAGUGGGGGAAUUCUAUGGGAAGGAGAUUGUGGCCAAGGUGCCACCGCGGGAUCCCAAGUAUUGGCAGUUCAUACAACCGGAAAGAACAUGUUUGACUGAAAAUGCUAUCUACAAGAACCUUGUGCCAGCUCUUAUCAAGCUGCAAGAGGAGGCAGGUUUAGCUAAAUCUGAGUUCUUUGACGGUUUUGCCCAUUACUAUGGUUCACGAACCUCGCUGGGUACCAUCUUGGUCGAUCAGGAUGCGGUCUUGUUGCUAGAAAAUUUGAAGGCAAGCAACUAUGUAACAGGCAAUAGGUUACGGCCACUUGAUUUGGCCCACACACAGCUGGCUCUUAAGUACUUGGCCGAAUUCCAUGCUCUUCCCCUGGCCUUGCGAUUGAAGAGGCCCCAACUCUUUGACGAGCAAAUAAGACCUUUCUUUCAAAAAUUCGAUUGGCAUGCUGCUGCCCCAGAGCUAAAAGCCACCAUGAAGGCCGAAACUUUGGAGGAUAUACGUAGAGCUACUGGAAAUAAUUUGGAACUAAUAGAACGUGUACGUCAUCUCUCGGAUGUGUUCUUUGAGUUUCUAGCAAUGCCACCAGAUAGACCCAAUGGCCCAUUUGCCAGCAUUAUCCAUUGUGAUUAUUGGAUCAAUAACUUAAUGUUCAAGUAUGAUUCUUCUGGCACACCUCUGCAGAUGAAAAUAAUUGACUUUCAGACAGCCCAAUACGAUUCGGUGAUUCAUGACAUAAUCGCGUUCCUGUUCUCCAGCGUCGAUACACGUAUUUUGGAGGAACACUACGUGAGCAUGUUGCAGAUGUACUACAAUCAUUUUAUCAGCUGCCUGCACCGGGUGGGCAUAGAUACGACUGACUCACAUAGUUACCAAGCGUUCCUUGCGGAAAUUAAACGUGUAGCCUACAUUCAAAUACCUCACGCCAUAUUCAUGACUCGAUUUAUUCUUGCCGGUUCGCCAGAUGAAGAGGAGCAAGUGACACACAUUCAGGAGCUGGACAAUGUGCUCAAAACAAGCAGUGGAGGUGCAUCGGAACGCAUUUAUCGUAAACUAAAUGACAUUCUAAGAUUGGCACAGAAAUUUGAUAUACUCUAUUAAGUUAAAACCUAAUUCUA